GGUUACAACAGUUCACUUUCCACCCUCGACGUGAGUGUGCGUGCGUGUGUGGCCACUCCUGGCUUCCUAGCUUUUCCUACUUUAUUAACUUGUAAAUACCUGAAAUUGACGUUAUAGAUAGUUGGUGCACUACGUGAUAUCCUAUAAGAAUUUGGUGUAAAUACUCGCCAGAGGCCUACCCAUAAAACCCUUCAAGAUGGUUCCAGGUGCGGGAGUAAUGGCGACCGCACUGGUGAUAUGGGCAUGCUUCUGUGGCAGCGCAUGGGCGUUCUCCCAAGGCGCGCCCGACACUGCCUGCGCUACCAGAAUACCUAAGCAUGGCGUCGGCCCUCAGAACAGCCCCCCGCCUUACACCAUAACGCCAGGGUCGGUGCAGGUGCAAGGUGGAGAGAGGAUGCUGGUGACGUUGCAGGUGGCCGGGAACACUGUCUUCAAGGGCUUCAUAAUACAAGCGCGGGCGUCAGACACUCAGAAAGUGACUGGCACGUUUUUCACUACCGACCACAAGUACCUAAACUGCGACAACGGCAUGAACAACGCAGUCACUCACAAGGGUCCGGCGGACAAGACCAAAGUAACGCUCAUGUGGGAACCUCCGUCAGACUUUGCUGGCGAUGUUGUCUUUGUGGGAUCAUUUGUGCUGGAGAGGACAAGCUUCUGGGUGGACGUGACCUCGGAGAAGAUCAAUGUGACCAAGCGAGCUGUGGCCCAGGAAGCUCCUGUUGAUGUAACACCAGCCCCUACUUCCACCACCACUUCCACAUCCACCACCACCACAACAACCACAUCCACCACCACUACCACCACCACUACCUCUUCACCCUCUGUAAUUUUGGAUUCCAAUGCGGUUGGUGCAAAGAAUGCGGGUGACUUUGUCAUCAGUGUGGUUGAUGCACCUGGUUCAGAUGUAGUGAAGAAUGACAACAGUUUGAAUAAGCCUGAUAAAAACGAUAAUCUUUCAACUCUUGCUCCAUUCCCAACUUCAAUUUCUACUUCACCUCAGUCUUCAACUGUCAAUCCUGGUAGUCCUGUUAGUGAUAGUAGUACAAAUAGCAGUAGAACUAGUCCAGUGGGUACUAGUGAGGGUGAAGGUGUUACGGAGGAGGAAGAGGUUAUAGGGGAUCAAGAUGGUACGGAGGAAGGUGGUACCACAGAGGGAACCGGCAGGACACCACCUCGGCGAAGGUUUGGCCUUCUGGGGCGCAAAAAAAAUACACCGGCUGCUGCUGCCACCACUUCCACCACCACUUCCACCACCACUGAAACUACUGCAUCUCGUGCACCUAGUGUUCCUAGUCAAGACCUGUCACCAGAAGCACAAAGUUUGGAGAUGGCUCUAGUGAAUAUCUACGACACCUGUGAGCUGGAGAAGGGAUGUUUUGGCUUUCCCCCAGGAUGUGAAGCAAACAAAAAGUGUGACAUGAUGGUGACUUACUCUACAGUGUCAUCCUCUGGAUACAAGUUUGAAAUUAUGGGAACAAUAAGUUCAGGAUAUGUGGCUUCUGGGCUUUCUGAUGAUGAACACAUGGGAAGAGAUAGUGUUGUGGCUUGCAGAAAUCUGAAUGGCAAGAUGGAUGUUCUUAUGGCAUAUAAUACAGAUGAUCAUAAUGAAUUCCUUGCUAACCCCAAGUAUGGUAUAAGUGAUAUAAAAACACUACAAGUUAAUGGAAAGGUAUAUUGCACAUUCGUCCGCCAGCCCAGGACAGAGAUUAAGAAUAUUGUUUUUGACUUGGAUAAAGAUACCUUCCAUUUGAUGCUUGCUGCUGGUCCUGCUGAGGAAAGCAAGUUGCGAUACCAUGAUAAUCGUAUAGUAUCAUCGGGCACAGUCUCCAUGCAUACUUUUGCAUCUGUUGGUGUUUCUAGUGAAAUCUUCAAGACUCUUCAUGCUUGCUUUAUGAUUGGUGCUUGGAUUUGUGCUGCCUCUUGUGGUAUUAUCUUCGCACGCUACUACAAGACAACCUGGCUCUCGCAUCGCAGCUGUGGCAUUGAUCAGUGGUUCCACUUUCAUCGUUUGUUUAUGAUGCUGACGUGGAGUCUCACAGUUGCAGGCUUCAUUCUUAUUGCGUACUACCUGAAGGGCUGGACCCGACAUGACCCUAAAGAAAACCCUCAUGCUAUAAUUGGUAUUAUUUCUGUAGGUCUCUGCUUUUUGCAACCAUUCAUCGCUCUCUGUCGCUGUGCACCUACUUCUAGAAAUCGGCCCCUAUUUAAUUGGCUACAUUGGUUCAUUGGAAACUGUGCUCAGAUACUUGGCAUAACAGCAAUCUUCUUUGGUUUUCCUCUGAUUAAUGGUCCAGAGUGGACAACAUUCAUCCUGAUUAUCUUCAUUGCAUUCCAUUGCCUCAUCCACCUCAUCCUCUCGAUUGGACAGUGUGUAAGUGACUCGAAGGCGGAGCGCAUGAGUAACGUAUACCCAAUGAAGGAGAUGAAUGGUAGUCGUAAUCCUCUUCACCCAACAGAAAAAAGGACAGAUGCUCCGGGAGGUGGAUUCCGCAAGGCAAUGCUGGCUUUAUAUUUCCUUGUCAACUGGGUGAUUACUGCAGUACUAAUCAUUAUUGUUAUUGCUGGUGAGAAAACUCUGAAGGAAUGGGGAAUAAUUUUUUGGGAAAAGUAAGGUGAUGUCAUUACUUAACUGUAAUUAGCCGAGUGACAAUAUAGUGCUGUAUUCCCAUGAAAUCUACCAUUCUUAUGUAUGUAAUCUAGAAUAUGUAACUGUGCAAUGUCUAAAAUAUGAAAAUUUUUAACUAUUUUUGAAAUCUUGUGGAAUGGCAAUACAAACUGAACAAUAGGCAACAGUAUUAGAUUAACUAGAAAAAUACUAUCAUAAGUUUUUUAAUUUACUUAAUUUAUUGUGAAUGGAACUAUUAAGACUGUACUUUUGUGGAUAUGCUUUAGUGAGGUCUGAUGUAAUAUGAAGUCCAUAAAAAAAAGAAUUUAAUAUAAAUGUUUCAUAUUUUUGCACAUAAUGCAAUAAAAUUCUAAAAAUACAAGAAGUUCAGUGAAAUUUAAAUUGCAUAAAUAAAUGCUGGAGUAUUUUCAGAAAUCAAAAUAUUAAUGAAGUAUGUGGUGUGUAAUAGAGUAUAUGCCAGUGUUGUCCAGGUAUAGGUUAGAAGCACAAAGCUCUUGGUCACAUUGUUCAAUAAGUUGUAUACUUGUUUAACACUGAUCUUGUUUAUAUAUAUAUUUUUUCUCUCCUCCAAAGUAUUUGGUUGGAGUAUAGAGAUUAUAUGAUGGUGAAAAUGUAAGGUCAGAUACCGUACAAGACACUAUAUAUUUUUCUGUAUUAAUAUGCUUUAAAGCAGAAACUUGAAGUGUUCAGUUAUUAUUAGGGAAAGAAUGAUGUGUGAAUGUACUGUACAUGCCUGUGAAUGUGUGCUUUAAUAAACAAAAUUUGUUUUUGAUGAACAUGAUCCUGUUUCUCCAUGUCUUUUCCUUCCACUUUGCAGAAAUCUUGCCAUUGUAAAAUGUUCAUCAAAUACUGCAAAGGUAAAGCCAUAAAUAAUGCUAGAAAUGUUUGACGAUGUUUUGAGGAUUGGCUUGAACAAGUUUUUCAUUAACAAAAUACUGUAUAGAAAAGAAAAAUUAGUGUAUCAGAAAAUAGAGAUGAUGAUAUGGAGCAUUUAAAAACAAAAAUGGAACCAGAUCAGUGUCAUGUGAGAGUAACUGUGUGUGGUAUUUUGCAGAACACUGCAGUCAGUCAGUCAGUCAGUCAGUCAGUCAGUCCUCUGUACAAUAAAUGUGUUCCAUGGCAGUGCUUCCAUGGACAGUUGGUAACAACUCUUCACAUUUUGGCCGUGAAGCCUACUAUACAAAUGUAUAAUCAUUUACAUAAAUGAAGCAGUCUUGAAAGAUUUUAUAAAAGGUUGUGUGUGUGUGUGUGUGUGUGUUUGUUUUACCAGUAAACGACAUUAUCUAUUUUUAACUAAGAUUAAUGUUUAUCUUAAGUUUCACUUAUUGUACCAUCAUUAUUUUACGAAAGACUAUAUCACUUUUAGUAUACUCUGUAAAUAAUUAAUAUAAUUUUAAAAAUAAAUUAACAUUUUCUUAUAGUAUUUAUUUUCAUGGUGUGUUGUAUGCAACAAUUAUUGGCAAAAUUAACUAUCUAGGACAUUUUGAACUACUUACAUUGCACUUCGUAUCCAAAGGCUGUUAUUUUGCUGGUUGUAGCAUGUAAUAAAUAAAUAUAUGUUCUUUA